AUGAAUGAAAAACUAAAAAUGGCCUCAAAGAGUAUUACCGUUAAGGACGUUGCCCCAAAUGACUUCAUUGCUCACUACGCCAAGUUCUUGAAGAAGACUGGUCGUGUAAAGGUCCCAAAGUGGGUUGAUAUCGUCAAGACUGCUCACUUCAAGGAGCUCCCACCAGCCAACCCAGACUGGUUAUACGUCAGAAUCGCUUCACUCGCCCGUAAGGUCUACAUCACCGGUAACGAAGGUGUUGGUUCAUUCAGACGUAUCUACGGUGGUAAGGAGAGAUUCGGUAACAGUCCAAACCACACCUCCAUUGCCUGCGGUGCCGUCAUCCGUUACGCUUUGAAGCAACUUGCUCAACUCAAGGUUGUCGAAGUCGACAAGACCAAGGGAGGAAGAAAGAUCACCUCCACCGGUCGUCGUGAUCUCGAUCGUAUCGCCAAUAAUUAA